UACAAGCUCGCACGCCGCGGCGAGAGCCCAUUCCGCGCCAUCGUCUAAUGCGCUUUCCACCAACUACGGAACGCUCCACAAUCUUAUCCAAUAAUUAUCGCCAUCGGGCGAUACCUUAUCUCGUGCAAUGACGCGAUAUUUUAAAGUUCUACCGAGAUAAGAGACUAGUGAUUAAAACUCAGGUGUAGAAUGUGUGUCUGACCGCUAUCGUUUCAAAGAAACUUUAACAACCGUUACUUAGUGCUCGAUUACAAAUAUUACGAUGUCGCUGUUUAAGAAGAAAGCGCCAAAAUACACGGCGCCCCCUGUGCCGCCCGUGCCGGCCGAGGAAAUACCUCCUGCUAAUGGAGUGGACAACAACAAUGGUGCUCAGAAGUCGCAGCUGGUCUUCCACUGCCAGCAAGCCCAUGGCAGCCCUCUUGGACUUAUUUCAGGGUUUUCUAAUGUCAAAGAAUUGUACCAGAAAAUUGCUGAAUGUUACGACUUCCCACCAGAAGAUAUCCUGUUCUGCACAUUGAACACGCAUAAAGUAGACAUGAAGAAGCUCCUAGGGGGACAAAUCGGAUUAGAAGAUUUUAUAUUUGCGCAUAGAAAAGGUCGUCCCAAAGAAAUAGAAAUUGUCAAGACUGAGGAUGCUCUUGGCCUCACCAUUACGGACAACGGUGCUGGAUACGCGUUUAUCAAGAGAAUGAAAGAAGGUUCUAUAGUCUCGAGAAUACCGCAUAUAGAGGUCGGUGACCACAUAGAAAAACUAGACGGAUUAAAUAUGGUGGGCAAAAGACAUUACGAAGUAGCAAAAACAUUAAAAGAUAUCCCUAAAGGCACGACAUUUACUAUACGACUUGUGGAGCCGCUAAAGAGCGGUUUUAACAGCAUUGGACCAAAAACGAGUAGUGCCAGGGCAGGAAAGAAACAAAAUUAUGGCUCAGGGAAGGAAACACUUAGAUUUAAGGCAAAUGGUCAGGCCACUAUUGAAAAUGAGCAUGACGAGAAAUCGAAAGCGGGCAUAGAGAAAAUAAAUUCUCUGUUGGAAUCGUUCAUGGGCAUCAACGAUAACGAGCUGGCUACGCAAAUGUGGGACUUGUCGGAAGGCAAAACAAACUCCAUGCAAUUAGCUGAAGCCAUAGACAACAGCGACUUGCAAGAAUUCGGGUUUACGGAUGAAUUCAUUAUUGAACUUUGGGGGGCUAUCACAGAUGCUAGAUCUGGCAGGCUCAGUUAGAAAUACUAGUGGUAGAUAAAGACAUAAUUUCUCAGCGCAUUCUCAUGUUCAAAUAUGGGAAAUGAAAAACUAUGCAGUUCAACGUGUCGACUUAAGAGGCCGUAGUCGAUUUUGGAGCAAAAAUUUUAAAUUGAUAGAUUUAGUCGUUGAAAUUAUACACGUUUUGUUACGUAAUAUCUAAAUAACAAGUAUUGGUUUCCAUUAGCACGUUUUCUCAUCUUGCCUUUUAAUAAUGAGGUCGCGAGCGUCCGUCACCGGUAAUAUAUGAAGAGAAGGGGCAGUUUUUAAAAAUUCAUCAAAAAAUUAUGGUAGUAAAUUAUACAAAUUAAUGUAUAAGAAUAGUUUCAGCAAAUGUUGUAGAUUGUUCAAGUAUCCAAAUUACGUUGAAAUUAAGUCGAUUUUCAGAGAAAUUGUAACUUGUUUUGAAGUAAUUUCUGGAGAAAAUUGAAUUCGUUUAACUUUAAUUUCCUCGAACUCUAAGUCAUAUAACAAAAAUGUAAUCUGAUAAAGGUGAAGUACAGAAUAUGUGUAAUACAAAUUUACCAUUUUUAGCAGUCCAAACUUUACGAAAUUUACAAAUAAGAGCGACAAAAUCAGUGCUUUACGCGCGUUUACUUAAACGUCCUUCAGAAAAAAAAUCAUUACUAAUUUAGUGAGUCUGUUUUUAAAAAAAAUUAUCUGAUAAAAGGCAAGAUAAGAAGACGUGCUAAUAGAAAACAGUACUUGUUAUUUCAAUUUGGUAACAAAAGGUGUACAAUUUCAUCGACGAAAUCUAUCAAUUUUACAUUUUUGCGACUAAAAUCGACACCGGCCUCUUAAACAAAGAAAUUGUUAACGUUGAAUAGUACCUAACCCUACCUACCUUACCUUCCCUAACCUUACCUAAGAGAAUCGUAAUAAUAUGAACAUAUCUGAUGAUGAAAUUAAAUAAAUAAUAUUUGAUUGUUAUUGUAUUGGCUAGGUAAGUGCGAAGUGCGUGGUGGGAUAACUAAGCGAUGGUCGCGCUUGACAAAAAAAAUCCGGUCAAGUGCGACUAGGACUCGCGUUUCAAGGGUUCCGUGCAUCACACAAGUUUUAACAAUGUUUUUUUUUGUACGUGAAACGUGAGUGAAACUUCUUGAAAAAUCCGGGGUCGGAUCAAAACCAGAUGAAAAGGAAAAUAUUAUGGCGCGGUGGCUUAUAUCUCUGCAACUAUGAUAGCUAUAUGUAUAUCGGUGUUCAGGAAAGAAGCCAUUGCUUGGAAUUUAAUGUACCGCUGACAGAGAUGGCGCUCGUUUUGCGCUGGAAAGACGCAUUCGGAGAAAAUAACCCUGAUGCUCGGUAUUUACUAAGUGAUCUCAUCAGUUCAUGGACGUAUUUAGAAAAAAGUGAUGUCAUUUGAUAGAUCUUACUUAAUGAAUACAGUCAAAAUAUUACGAUUAUAACAGAAAUUUUACGAUUGAUCUUGUUUAUAUACAAAUGCGAUGCAAAAUUGCUUGGGUAGCAAGAUUAAAUACCCCAAAGCCCAAAUGCGAAGGCCGAAGGCCGAGCUCUACGUAAGGCCGAAAGCUCGGAGCGUCCGACAGGCGCAGGCUUCCCGCAACUUCCUCAAGCUUUAUACGUCAGCCAAGUCAUUAUACGUAUUAAAAAUUAAAGAUAUCUAAUAUUGAUGCGGUUUUAACACCCCUUGGCACUGACUAAAAUAACCGACUUGGUAUCACAUUACAUAUCUAAACUUUUUGUAGUAGAAGUGUUGCGUUGCGAGACUGGCACCUUUCUACAUGUAAUGUUUUUGAUGGGAUCUAAGUUUCUCACAAUGAGUCCAUUAUUUAAUACAUAACACGACAGUUUGCAAAACUUUGUUAAUUUUCUCAUUUAUCCCCCAAAAGUGGCCUAUGUUUAAAAUUCAUUUGUUGACGUUACAGUUACAUGCCCGUCUUUGGGUCACAGACUUACACGUGUACCAAAUUUCAAAUUCAUUGGUUCAUUAGUUGCGGAGAAAAUGGGCUGUGACUGUGACAGACGGACAGCCAGACGCACGAGUGAUCCUAUAAGGUUCCGUUUUUUCCUUUUGAGGUACGGAACCCUAAAAAUGUGAAUUUAUUUGACAUAUGUAAAUAUACAUUUAAUGUGCACUGUUAAAAUACAUAGCUAAUUUGACCAACAGCCGCCAGGCGGACACUAUCGUCACGUACACAGUCAAUACAUUUUCGUCAAGUGGGGCUAUUUGAAACAAAAAAUCCAACAGCGAGAGUUUAAUCUUAAAUAUUUUACAGUUUUUACACAGUAGGUACAGUCAGCAAACCUAAUAGUUUAGCAUCCCUGCAUGCAUAUUAUAAAAGUUUUGCUAGUAGUGCUGAAGCCAAGUCUUUUUAGGUAGGUAUUUGUACUUACUGUAAUAAAAAUAAAGCAUUUUUUUUACAUGUAUUAUGGUAUAAAAUACAUGUGGACUCUUAAGAUCAUAGUUAUCAAAAUCCCAAACGUGGUCGCACGGUUUUCAAAUUGCCCUACUCGACUGUAUACAAAAAAUACUUGAGGUUUGUAAAGCCAUUAAGCAAUAAUUCAUCUGUGCAAUUUCUGAGAGUAUAUUAAAUUGAAUAUUAUAAUAUUUAUACUUAUUAUAUUAAAUUGAAUAUUAUAAUAUUAAUACUUAUUAUAUUAAAUUGAAUAUUAUAAUAUUAAAUUAAUACAAAUAAUUUAUAAACCAACAGAGAUUUAUAAUUAUUAGCCUAGAGUUGAGUUAGUAAAUAUGUAUAAUUGACCUAAUUUUGUACGGACUAGGGUGCUAAGUAGGUUUAAUAGUAUUAAGCAAUUUGAAUGAAAAAAAAAAUACUGUCAGAUGCCUAUUAUCCUGUUACAGAACGUAAACUAGUGUACAAAGUGAAAUUCCAGCAGUGCCUUUUGUAAUACAUGUUGUGAUAGUUUGGAUAUUAGAGUACAAAUUGGAUAAGUGAUAUGAUACUAAUUAUACAGUUUGUUUUAUGGCGCCAAGUGACUGUCAUUAUACUAUUUGAUAUUUCCUAUAGAUUAUAUCGUCAACUAUCGUGAAAGCAUAGCGCUUGGGCAAUCUACAGGACAGGGCGUAGUUAUGCGGCGAAAUAGGAUGGGUAUGGGUAUACGUGGUGUACUUAGGUUGGCCCAGCAUAUAUGUGAAGGCAACCUAAUGAACAAAUGUAUAUUCAAUCUCCAUACUUUUUUUUCUGUGUAGAGUACCUAAUUAAGGUUAAAAACCGUAUUAACCACAGACGCCACGCCCUUUGUAGGUCUGACGUCUGUAGUAAGCAUGCUUCGCAGUGUUUAAACUGUUUAAACUCAUUCCACUCAUGCAUUAUUCGUCGUUAAAUUCGCAUUUUCUUAAAUCGAAAAACCCAUAUUACUAUAGGUACUUCACACUAUCAUUAUGACAUUGAGUAAUUAAACUAAACUUAUGUGCCGGCUUGUCUAGAACACAACUACUCCAUAUAAUAUUUUUCGUUAAAGUUAUACUAGCUAAUGUAUUGUACAGUCACUAGUUAAGAUAGAUAUUUAAUGAUAUACCUAUAUGUUAUGUCUAAUUAAUUUAUUUGUUUAUUUGUGUAAUUAUACCUACUUUAAGAAUUAAUAAAGUUCGUCGUUUA